UGUGUGCGAGUUGUUUAUUUCAACAAUAGGUAGAUGUAGAAGAAAGAUUGAUUUUCAAAGAAUUUUCUUAUAAGAGUAAAAAUUCAAACUCAAUCACUAUUGGUAAUUUUUCUGUGCAAAUUAUCUAAAUUUAUGUUAGUUUGCCCUUAAUAAAUUUAUAAUUAGGGCCCCUAACAUGUAAUUAGACACGUCCAAUCGUUGACCAGACAAAAAAGCCCAAAAAGUUAGUAAGCCGAAAAUGGAGAAGAAAGUAGUAUUGGUUACUGGCGCUUCUGGUUACCUCGGCGGCCGUCUCUGCCGUGCACUAUUCAACUCCGGCCACCAUGUUAAAGCCUUCGUCCGCCGUACAAGUGACGUAUCUUCCCUAACUCCACCUACUGACGGCGGAACCCUAGAACUUGUGUAUGGAGAUGUCACCGAUUAUCAAUCACUACUUCAAGCUUGCUCCGGUUGCCACGUCAUCUUUCAUGCUGCUGCUUUAGUUGAACAUUGGCUUCCUGAUCCUUCCAGAUUCUUCCCUGUCAAUGUCGGAGGCUUGAAGAAUGUGUUGCAAGCUUAUAAAGAAGCAGGAACUAUAGAGAAAAUUGUGUACACAUCAUCGUUUUUUGCCUUGGGACCGACUGACGGAUAUGUUGCCGAUGAAACUCAGAUUCAUCCUGGAAAAUUCUUUUGCACGGAGUAUGAGAAAUCAAAAGCUAUUGCUGAUAAGGUUGCAUUAGAUGCCGCGUCUGAAGGAGUGCCAAUAGUGCUUGUUUAUCCAGGAGUAAUAUAUGGUCCUGGGAAGGUUACGACUGCAAAUACUGUUGCCAAUAUAAUGAUUGAACGCUUUAAUGGGCGUUUACCUGGUUACACUGGCCAAGCAAAUGACAGGUGUUCUUUUAGCCAUGUUGAUGAUGUGGUUGACGGGCAUAUUGCAGCUAUGGACAAAGGCAAACCAGGUGAAAGGUACCUUCUUACAGGGCAGAAUGCAUCCCUUAAGGAAGUUCUCGACAUAGCUGCAAUGAUCACUCAGACAAAGAAGCCUUCUUUUGGUAUCCCCAUAUUUAUUCUUGAAGUUUACGGCUGGAUAUCAGUUCUUCUCUCCAAAAUAAACGGAAAGAGUCCCCUAAUCAGUCCUCCUAUGGUUCGCGUGAUUAAACAUCAGUGGUCUUACUCUUGUGAUAAGGCAAAGGCGGAACUGGAUUACCACCCUAGGAGCUUGAAAGAAGGUCUGUCUGAGGUGCUUCCCUGGUUAAAGAACUUGGGAUUGAUUAAAUACUGACGUUAUAUUUUAUCGAGAAUGUAUACUGCGUUAUGUGUACAUUAAACUUAAGAUGACUGUGAAUACGUUAUUCAAUAAGGGGCAGCCCCCGGACCACAAGGUCUAUUUUACACAAUCUUACUCUUCAAUUCUGCAAAAUGUUGGUUCCACGGUGUGAACUCGUGACCUCAUGCUCACAUGGCAAGAAGUUUACCAUUGUUAAUCAUGUCAUUCAAUCCCCA